AAUUUUUCUUCACAUCUUCAUUUUCUUUCAUCUUUCAUUCUCCUAAAAUCAUUUUAUCCUAUUCUUUCCCUUUCUUUUCUUUAUAGAUUUCUUACUAUUUCCAUCUUUUUCUUUUCUGUUUUGGAUCUUUAUUUCUAAAUCUUUUAUGCCUACCUUUGUUGGUAUUUGUUCUUUUCAUAUUUUCACAUCACUAUUCCUUCUCAGAUUAUUAUAUCCCUUCAUCUUUUUAAUCUUUUUCCCUGAGCACUUUCUUUCUUCAUUUCUCAUCUCUAUCAUUUUUGAGCCUUCUUGACCAAAACUUCCUCUUUCCUUCCUAGCUUCUUUCUACUUCUAUUUUCCACCCUCAUUUGCAUCUCCUAAUUAAACAUGCAUUCAAAAGUCAAAAGAACCUACUCCAUGUAACAACGUACAAAACCAAUAGACGAGUGACCUAAUAAAACUUGAUUUAACGCUUACUAACACUUAAUAAGUCCAACAACAACCAAUUUCGUUUUUUCUUCCUCAGUUAGAAACAAAAGAGGAGAGAAAGGAAGAGCAGGGCAUGAACACCACAAAGACCAUCAAAACAAAACAGAAACUAAAAAAGUACAAUACCAGAGAGAAGCUGGAUUUCAACGUAAAUUACCAUGUCUCCUCAACCCUCCUCCUCCUUCCUGUUUCUGAUUAUUCCUGGCCAAGCAGCUCGGUCACCCGCUCUCCGUUUCACCAGCCUCUCUGAGAGACUUCUCUGUGUUUGCUCGGCGCUCUCUUCCUCCGUCUGGGACUUCGUCAGAAGAGUUCCUGCUCUUCUCUGUUAUUAGCUUCUACCCUUUCCAACACACAGUUGUUCCUUCCUUCUCCAAUUCUCGCAGCUUCAUUCUGUUUUCUCCCGAUUUUCUUUAGGCAAA